AUUCAAUUGGUCUGGAAAAAUUCAAGCUUUCGUCUUCUUGUCCGCUCCGUGACGAACGAUGCUCUGUCUCAAAUCGGAAGCUCUCCGUGACGAUCAAACUUUAGCUUCCUCUUCUUCUUCUCCCAGCACCGAUCGUAGCACCGCAAAUGCUACUUUUCGUCUUCCCAUCAAUUGGGGAAGCUCGAUCCGGAGGUAUCUGAAGAAGACUGGUACAUUCUCGAGAAGAUCUUACUCCUCAGGAGAUGGGUCUUUGUAUUUUCCUGAUCUCGAUGAAAGCAAGAUGGUUGAUCAAAGUAGUGGUAGAUUUGAAGGAAAGAGCAAAUUAUGGUACAAAUGUGAGCUUGAACAAGAUGUUAAGAGACUGCAGGAGCAGUUACAAGAGGAGAUUAACUUACGGUUAGCUCUAACAAGCGCAGUUGAGCACUCUAGUUCGCCGUUCAUGGAUUCCCCUUGCCAACUUCCCGAUAAGGCACAAGAGCUUUUGGACAGCUUAGCAAUACUGGAAAUCACGGUGUCAAAGCUCGAACAAGAAUCAGUUUCCUUGAGAUAUUUGCUAAGGCAAGAGAAGAACGAGCGGCGUCUCACUGAGAUCCUACAAAAGAAGUCUCAUUAUUCUGCACCCUCAAAGCUCACUAAUGCACAAAGUUUCCCUAACAAGUUGGUGACGAGGAAAAGAGAGAGUAAACAAGUAGUUUCUGUGGAUAAUGAAGCUUUACAAGUAGAAUGAAGAAGCAAGGAAAGAUGAUGUGAUCUUAGCCAUUGCCAGAUUGCUUGAUCCAUAUAGUCCAUGAGCAAAAGUCUUUCGAAAAGCCAAGGAGUCUUGUAAGUUUCUUCAUCACUCUGGUGCUCAAAUCGCCUUCCAGACUCUCCGAGCUGGUCCCUGUCCCUGAGCAUCUCAACAUCAAGAAUUCUGGAAACUUUUGACAGAAUACACAGCUCUUCUACUGCAGCUCUAUUUUCUAUUUCGUCGUUAGCAAAUUUGGCGAUAUCCUAUUUAGUUAAAACGCGGGGUAAGGCUUUGCACUGUAGGAGAACAGUAAUUAGAAGCAGCUCAAUAUUCUGUAUUUAAACAUAGAAUGCGUUGUGGUCGG